UGGAAGCCUAAGAGGAGCAGCAGUCGGAGCUUCAACAGGUUGGAGUGAUCUGAAAGCGGUCGUCUCCCCGCAGGAUGCUGCUGCCGCUGCUGCUGCCUCCGCGGAUGUUGCGGGGCGCUGCGGCGCGACAGGUCGCUCAGAGGCUCACAUACUGCUCAGCGGCGCAUGCGCAGAUGAAACCCAAAAAGACAAAGUUUGGUCCUCUGAGCGAUCAGGACCGGAUCUUUACUAACCUUUAUGGCCGGCAUGACUGGAGACUCAAAGGAGCGCUCAAAAGAGGAGACUGGUACAAGACCAAAGAGAUAAUCCUGAAAGGACCCGAGUGGAUCCUCAACGAGGUGAAGAUCUCAGGCCUCAGAGGCAGAGGGGGUGCAGGAUUCCCCACUGGGAUGAAGUGGAGCUUCAUGAACAAACCCAGUGACGGCAGGCCCAAGUACCUGGUAGUGAAUGCAGAUGAGGGGGAACCUGGGACGUGUAAAGACCGAGAGAUUCUGCGUCACGACCCCCAUAAGCUCAUUGAGGGCUGCCUCAUUGCUGGAAGAGCCAUGGGGGCUCGGGCGGCUUACAUCUACAUCAGAGGAGAGUUUUACAAUGAAUCAUCAAAUCUGCAGGUGGCUAUUAAUGAGGCAUACAAGGCCAGGCUGAUCGGGAAGAAUGCCUGUGGUUCAGGGUAUGACUUGGAUGUGUUUGUGAUGCGCGGGGCCGGCGCCUACAUCUGCGGAGAGGAGACGGCACUCAUUGAGUCUCUUGAGGGCAAGCAAGGCAAACCUCGUCUGAAGCCACCUUUCCCUGCAGAUGUAGGCGUCUUUGGAUGCCCAACAACAGUGGCCAACGUGGAGACCGUCGCUGUGGCGCCUGCGAUCUGUCGCCGUGGCGGAGCUUGGUUUGCCAGCUUUGGGAGGGAGAGGAACUCUGGGACGAAGCUGUUCAACAUCUCGGGUCACGUGAACUUCCCGUGCACCGUGGAGGAAGAGAUGUCGAUUCCUUUGAGGGAGCUCAUCGAGAGACAUGCAGGUGUGUGUUCAGUUAAGAUCUCUGUCGAUGUCUGCUCUACUGAGCUUCAAAAUGAUUUUGUGCUUGAUGCAGGAGGAGUGAGGGGAGGCUGGGGCAAUCUAUUAGGAGUGAUUCCAGGAGGGUCCUCCACUCCCAUCAUCCCUCAGCACGUAUGUAACGACGUUCUGAUGGAUUUUGAUGACCUGGUCCGCGCGCAGACGGCAUUGGGAACUGCAGCGGUUAUAGUCAUGGACAAAUCAACAGAUGUGAUUCGAGCUAUUGCACGUUUGGUUGAGUUUUAUAAGCACGAGAGCUGUGGCCAGUGCACCCCCUGCAGGGAAGGAGUGGACUGGAUGGAUAAAAUGAUGUGGCGGUUUGUGCGAGGAGACGCAGCCGUGUCAGAAAUCGACAUGAUCUGGGAGCUCAGCAAACAGAUCGAGGGUCACACUAUUUGUGCCCUGGGAGACGGAGCGGCUUGGCCUGUUCAGGGUCUAAUACGCCACUUUCGGACGGACAUGGAGAACCGCAUUGCUCAGCAUAAAGAGAAAAAUCCUCCAAGGAAGCAGGAGAGUGAGAUGAUCUGAACUGGGAAGUUUCCUGCAUUUUAUCCAACACAAUAAUA